AUGUUCUGUUGCGGUUCAAAAAAGAAGAAAUCGAAGAAGAGUGCCAAGCCAGAAGAGCCAUCCACCAAUUCCGACACGCAUUCUCUGAAAAAGGAAGAAGAAUCCCAAAAAGUUUAUGUUCCACCACCUGCCCCUGUAAAACAAAUUGACUAAGUUUUUAUAAAAAUUAACUCAAAUUAGGAAAUGCUGAGACAAAUGAAAUAGAUUAAAGACUUACGUGAGCAAGGUUAAUUUGAGAGAAGUGUUUAAUAUGAACAAAGUUACAUUACCUAGUUGAUAAAUAAAGAGAAUGUACAACAGUAAUAUGCACUCGAAUUUACAUGGGCAGUUAAUUAUACAAAUCAUUUAAAAGGAAAACCUGGAAUUGGAUAAAUAAAUAACUCAAAACUUGUAGGACCUAAUUAGUAAUUGAAAAGUGGAUUGAAAUAGGAUGGAGACUAUGUCGCCCUAAAUGAACAAGCUUGGGUCUUCAUACAGUAGAUGUAUGGAGGAGGUCCAGAAUUAAAAAUCAUGCCUCCUCCGAAACCCGAAUCUUAAGCAUAACCUAAUAACACUCAAUCUAAACCACCAAGACAACCAUAAUCCAGUGUUAAUAACACUCAAUCUAAGCCACCAAUACAAUAAUCAUCUAUGAGAUAAACAUAAACCAAUUCAAGAUUCAUUCAAUAAAACCCUAUGGCCUAAACCAUUUCAGUCAUGGCGACUCCAAAAUCUGUCGAUAGACAAGUAUCGCAGAUUGUACAAUCACAAUCAAGAAACGACAGUGCUCAAAAUUCUAGAAAAGUACAUUAAGAAUAAAAAAUAACUUACACUUCUCAAGGCUAAAUUCCAAUAAUUGGGUUGUCAAAUCCGAGAUAUUAUUGUUAUUUGAACUCAGCUUUACAAGUUCUCUUGAGCAUUGACUCCCUUACUGAAGGUAUUUUAGCAAUUCAACCAAAAUAUGGAUAGAAAUUCCUUACUGCGUAUUAAGAAUUAUUAAGAUCAAUUAAAAAAACAGGCUCUUAUUCUUCAAUAGCAGCCAAGAGUGUUUGGGAUGCAUGUUCUGGAAAAUUCCAAUUUAAUUAAUAAUAAGAUAGUCAUGAAUUUCUUUUGUUUUUUUUGGGGAAGAUUCAGGAAGAACUGGUUGGCAAAUAUAAGAAUAAAUAAGAAUUCAACUCAGCCGAAUAAGCUUGGAGUGAUUAUACAUCCAAAAAUCAAGAUAUUAUUGAUUUAAUCUUUGCAGGGUAAUCUACAAGUUAAUCUUAUUGUAAAUCUUGUAAUUAAGUUUGUGAGGGGUAUGAUCCGAUCUGGGAUUUGUCUUUGUCAAUUAAUAAAUCAUAUACUGGAAUUGAUUUGAUGGACUGUCUAAAAUCUUACUAUAGAGAAGAAGUUAUUAAUGACACUUGGAAAUGUGACAAGUGCAAGAAAUCAAAUAAAUCAGUUAAAAGGAGGAUGUUUAUUAGUUAGACUCCUCGAUAUCUAAUCAUUCAAUUCAAAAGGUUUACUACUUUUCCAACCUCUCAAAAGAUUAAUGAUUCUAUUUCCUACCCUGAAAAGUUGGAUAUUUAAGAAUUCUGCUCCAAAGGGUUGCAAACUCAAUAUAAACUAAAAGCUCUUAUCACUCAUAUGGGUUAGAUUAAUGGUGGACAUUAUAAGGCCUAUGCUGAAAGAUAUGAUAAUUGGUAUUUAUUUGAUGAUGAAAAUGUAUCAAAGAUUAAUGGGAAAUAAUUAUCUGAUAGAUCAGCCUAUGUAUUGCUUUAUGAGAAAUAUUGA